CACGAUUACCAGCAGGUCAAAGUGAUAGAAACGUACAUGAAAGCAUCGCAACCACUUUUUCAGUUUUGUUCUCCAGCUGCGAUCCUCAGUCUUGUGAGCGAGACGUGUGCAAAUGAAUCUUUCGUAAACCACUUUAUUCCAACUUAAUCAGCAUCAAGCAACAGGAAUUGUACUGUAGCUAAUUGGGUACGUGAGUAAGUAGGUGCGGCCUAGAAAACGCCCGAACUCCUCGCAAUCACUCGCAUGUUUGUCAAACAGGCUUUUACACGAAGAUCACAAGCAAGUGUACGAUUCUUCAGCACCGCCCCUGCAUCUCCUUCACCUAGUACAACUAGACCCCUGCCCCUUUUUGGCAAGCGACCCAUUUACUUUCACCCGACUGCAAGUCUCUCUACCUCUUCUGCCUCCACUACAGGCGGGCCACUAUACUCAAACAAAAUGCCGACCGACGGGCUGCAGCAAUUUGUGGAGGCCAAGAACCGCGAGUAUGAGCGGUUGCACAAGGCCUUUGAGGAGCAGUUCUGGGGGAACAAAAUGGCGCUGAAAAAUGGCGACUUUUCUCCGGAUCUACUGACCUCCACGAAGCAGGCCAUGGAAGCUUGGCUCGCGAACGCAGACAAUUUGAAACAGACCAUGGAGUACCUGAUGGGCGCAAAGUCGGACCACGACGAAAAGGACCUGCAGACCCUGGAAAUCUUCAAGCGUACCUUCGAAUGCUACCAGAUGCCGCCGGAAGUGCGGGGCAUUCGGGACGAGGUGACGGCUCUGGAAUCGCAGCUGGAACAGAAGAGAAACGGAAUGAGCACAGGGUAAGGAAGUUUUUCAGUUUGUGUAUGCUUACAAACAGAAUCGGAAUUGUUCGAGUUUGCCGGAACUUUUGUGAGUUUUGCAACCUCGAAACAUCAAAUUCAAAACAAAUACGAAACAGGUAUGACUACGAGGGAAAGCGAGUUUCGCUGACUUCAGUCGCUUUGCGCCAGGUCCUCCGCAACAGCGAGACCGAAGCGGAGAGGAAAGCCGCCUACCAGGGCAUCCGGGAGAUCGGCACCUUCAUCACCUCGAACGGUUUUGUCGAGAUCAUCAGGAAGCGGAACCAGCUCGCAAAGCAGCUCGGCUACGAGGACUUCUACGACUACAAAGUGACACAGGCCGAGGGGUUCGGAAAGAAAAAGCUGUUCACCAUCCUCGACGAUCUCGAAUCGAAAACCCGAGCGACGAUGGAAAAAGCGAUCAAGGAGCUGAAGGAGAAGAAGGGCGAAAACGCGUUCGAGCCCUGGAAUUUGUCCUUCAUGCUCGCCGGCGAUUUGGCGAAAAAACAAGACCCCUACUUUCCCUUCGAGAAAGCCGUCCUCCGCUACGCGCAGUGCUACGCCAACCUCGGGAUCCAGUACGAGGGCGCCGAGAUGAAUCUCGAUUUGCUGGACCGACCCAAGAAGUACAGCAACGGGUUUUGCCACUGGCCGCAGCCAGCGUGGGUGAGUGGCGAUAAGUGGAUUCCGAGUGUCGCGAACUUUACCUCUCUCGCGAUCCCGAGCAGUGUGGGCAGCGGGAAAACCGCUUUGACAACUCUGAUGCACGAAGCGGGCCACGCUGCGCACUUCGCGAACAUCAAGAUGGGGUCGCCGCUUUUUUCCCAAGAACGGGCCCCCACGUCGGUCGCAUACGCCGAGAACCAGAGCAUGUUCCUCGAUUCUCUAGUCGACGACGCGGACUGGAAAGCAAGAUACGCGCUCGACCGGGACAACAAGCCGAUGCCAUUUGAGCUGAUCGAGGAGUCGAUCCGCGAAACCCACCCUUUCGCGGUGUUCAUGCUCCGAAACAUGAUCGCGGUUCCCUAUUUCGAGAAGGCGCUCUACGAACUAACGGAGGACGAAAUGACGGCGGAGCGGGUUCUGUCGCUCGCGGACGAUGUGGAAAAGAAGAUCUGCGGCGGCUUGAACGGCCGACCACUGCUGUCCGUGCCGCACAUCAUGUCAGACGAGUCCUCCUGCUACUACCACGGCUACGUGCUUGCGGAAAUGAGCGUACUUUUAGUUUGAUUGUCGCGCUUUUCUUGCAUGAGAAAGUAGGACGAUGAAUCGGAUAUCCGAAUUGUACAUGAGCUAAUAAUUCUCGCAUUUCCCGGUGCAGCAGCCGCAGCAAUUUCACCAGCUUGCUUAGUACCACACUCGCAUGAAAUGCAAAUGAAAUCUCAGGUUAUGCAAACCCGCAAGUAUUUCCUGGACAAGUAUGGGUUUCUGACGGACAACGCCGCCAUCGGUCCGGAGAUCACCGAAGCGUACUGGCGGUGCGGAAAUUCCGUCAUGUUCCUCGAUUUGGUAGAGAAGUUGACGAAGUCCCCCCUAGUCGCAGACGCCUGGGUCGCAGACAUCAGCGAGCCGGUGGAGGAGAAGAUAAAGAACGAGAAAGUGAGUUACGACCGCGUCGUGAAUGCCAAGGAGCCGGUCGUGCAGAAGCCGCUGACCAACUUGAACAUGCGGGUGCGCAUGGUGCACGGGGACGAAGUGAUUUCGGAUUCCAAUGAAAGCACGAUCGAAGACGCGGCGGAAAAAUUCGAGGCUUAUGUGAAGGCGAUGUGA